AUGAUCCUUUCUUUAAAUUUCAUAAUAAAUAUUAUAUUUAUUAUUAUUAUAUUCCUAAGGAAAGGAUUAACAUUACCUGUUGAAGGAGGAAUAUCAUCAUUAGCUAGUAGAGGUGGAAGUGAUGCAGCAUUAGGAGGUGGUGGUGGUGUAGCUGCAGAAAAUAUUAAAAAAUUUGCCGAAUUAUAUGGAAUUGCUACACAAAUAAUGAAUCUUGGGGGUGAAGUAUUAAGUGGAGGAAGAGGAUCAUCCUCAGCUAGUGGUAAUUCUUUAUCAAGAUAUAUGAAUAAUUAUUCAAAUAAAUUAGAUGGAAAUUCAAUUAAUGGUGGUGAUAUUGUUAGACCAACAUUUCGUGGAGUUUCUGGAUAUGAACCAUCACCAACACUUCCAACAAAUUAUGGUGGAGGAUUUCUUGGAUCAAAAUCAGGAUAUGGUGCACCAAAUUUAGGAGGAUCAUCAAGUUAUGGAAGUGGACCAGUACAAUCAGCCAGAAUGUCUGGUCUUGAACAAAUAUUACAUGGUUUUUUAGGAAGUAGUUUUGGAUCUAAUAGUUAUACAUCAACAGCAACAAAACCAGAUUUUUUUAAUACAAAAAAACCUAAUGAAUUUGAAAGUAAUACCUAUUCAGGAAAGGGAUCUAAUAUUGAUGCAAUAAUGAAUGCCUUAAUGAGAUCAGGAGCUAGAAAAGCUGAUGAAUUACCAGAUGAAAAUCGUAAUAUUUUAAGUCAAUUUUUUGGUAAAUAA